AUGGCUUUGACCGAUACUUCAGAUGUUCCAAAUCCAGUGUCAGUUACUCUGACACUGACAAGUACUGCUAUUAGAAAACCAUCACGAUCAAAUUCAAUUGACGAAAAUAAAUUAUUAAUUUCAUCGUAUCUAUAUAAGAAAUCAUCGAAAUCGAAUAACUGGAAAUUAUAUUGGGUUGUUCUUCGAAAGUUACAAUUAAACUAUUAUAUUGAUAAUACUGAGCAUAAACCUAAGAAAGUUUAUAAUCUUUCAAGGAAUUUGAAAUUAUUUACCAUCUUGAAAAAUGAUGUCAAUGAUAAGAGUAGUAAAUCUUUCUUAGUGUAUACCAAUGAUAAAAUUUUACAAUUCAGAACUAAAGAUAAUAAAGAAUUCAAGAAAUGGAUUGAAGCCUUAAAAGAGAUGUUUGGAAUGAAUGAAGAAGAAGAUGUACCCGUUGAAUAUAAUAAUACAUCUAGUUUUCAUAACCAUAGUGGUAAUGGUUCAUUAAGUGAUUCAUCUAAUGAUUCCUCAUCAGGGGGAGAAACAGUCCCCAAAAAGAAUUCCCAUCAUCAUUCAUCUGUAGAAGAGAAGCUUCAACAGUUGAGUAAUCUACCGGAAAAUGAAAUAAGUGAGAUUUCAUCUAUUACAUCAGAUAAAUAUGAAUAUCUCAUUGAAAAGGGCAAAUUGAAGCUUGACUUACAUUUCCCAAAUAACACAUAUCGUUCUUAUCACAACCACCCUUUCCUAAAAUGGAAAAAAGUAUUUGCUAUCUUUACCAAUAAAUCACUCUACAUAUAUAAACGAAAUAGUCGUCAAUAUCUUCUAAAAGUUGACUUGAAGGAUAUAAUUGAUGUGGUGGAAAUAGAAACAUUCCAUGAUAUUGGAAAUUUGAGUAGAAGAGGAUCCUUAACUGCACAUCAUGAUUCUCCAUCUACGUUUGAUGUUAAUGAUAUAAAUUAUAUAAAUCAUACUAAUAAUUAUAAGCUUUCAGAUUCAUCAAAGACAAUACAGAGAUCGAUAUCUAAUGAUAAUAUUGGAAAUUACGAUUGGAAAUUCCGCAUCAUAGCAUCUACUGGACAUUACGUAUUCAAGGCCAAAACUGAAAACGAUUUAUUAACUUGGCUAAGCUGUUUUAAAACACUAAUAAGACAACUUCGACAGGUUGCAAAAUGA